ACGUAAUAACGAUUAUUAUCCGGCGUGGUGUGUUUACGAGGGCGAGGGAUUUGCGUUAACAUGAUUGCGAGUUUGGUGAUGGCCGUGCUGUUCGCCGGUAUACCCGGCAAUGGUGCGUCAUCGACGAGGACAGCACAUAUGAUGGUCUCUAAGAUGAGAAUGGCCGAUCUCGAGACCUCUGCGAGCGGGUAUGCGUACAAUCAGCAGGGGGGUCUUCCGGUCUUAUACAUGCGGUAUACCAAUCACGGAAGCGGACGUUACUACCAUGCACCGGCGCCAGUGCAUUACAUCGUCGGCAGUCCUGCACCUGUUGCGCCCGCCGUUUCUGAAACUGCGUCGUCGCACGAACCCGUUCUGCUCGCGUAUGCGACUGCGAAACACGAAAUUGUACCGUACGUAACGCGCCAGCCUUACCGGCGCGAUGGAUUCAUUAAUUAUGGCGUGGGCCAAUUAGCGAAAUACGCGCAACCGCUUGAGCCGUCUAAACUGGCUGCACGUGCACCGUAUUAUGCGCCUAAAGCACUUAAACCACGCGAAACGGAUAAAAAUGUCGAUAAAAGAAGCGAUGAUGAGGAGAAUGAGGACGACGAUUAUGACAACGAUGAGGACGGCGAUAAAAAGGAGGGAAAAAGUCAUGUGCCUGAAAGUCGCGAAAAAGCAGUUGAUUUUAUAGUAACCCAUCCUAUUCACGGCCUCGACAAAUCUCGUUCAGAUAUCGACGUUUCGUUCGAACAUGGUGAAAAGUAUUCGGCCGCACAGAAUUCCGCUCAUGGAGAAAAGGGCGACAAAGGGUACAACAAACAAGUGGAAUUUGACGUGGGUGAACGCGGACAGCACGAUAAAAGCAGGCACCAAGAACAUUAUGACAUCGAAACUGGGCACAAAAAAGGGCACAGCGACGUAGCCGGAAAUUAUGGACGCUACGAUGAAACUGAGAGUGGUAAGAAGGGUAGCAGCUAUGGGCAAACAUCGUACCACAAAAAGGGACAAAAGACCAGCGGCUUUCAUAAAGUCUACCACAAGGAUGAAUAUAAAAAACAUACUGAUUUCUAUGAUGAGAAUCACAAGAAAGGUUAUUUCGACAAGCACUUCAUUGCUGAUGAGCACUAUAACGCUGCCGAGGGCAAUUUCAAAAAAGGUGGACAUCACGUAUCCGGGUUUGAUAAUGAAAAUAAUGGAAAAAAGGGGUUUUACGAUAAAGGGCAUAUACAGAACCGCGAUCAGGGUCACAAUAAGAAAAAAGGUGAAAAUUCUUUUCAUAAUAAUUACGAAAAUUAUGGCUCCGACGAAGGCACGCGUUUAACUAAGAAGCAUGAGUACGACAAGGUUGAUUGACAUUAAUUUGAACAUGUAUUUAAUGCUAAUGUAGUUUUAUAUGCUCUUUUAUAUUAAUUGUCAUUUAUA